UCUAGAGCAGCCAUGGCGUUUUACCUGCCCAGUGCGUGUGUGGUUCUCUUGGCGAUGUUUUCGGCGGUGGUGGCGAAGCCUGAGGGAGUGUUAACUCUCUUCCAGUCGAACACCGACGAGCUACAACACAUCCCGAUGAAGUACGACUCCAACAACUCCGUCCCGACAUGGCUGGAAGGAACACUGGUUCGAAACGCCCCUGGUCUGUUCGAGCUCGGCGGCCGGUCGGCUAUCCACAUAUUUGACGGUUUUGCCAAGGUCCACAGCGUGGAGAUCGGACAACACCAGAUAAACUUCUCAGCUGCAUUUCUGGAUACCGGCUCGUACACAAGAUCUAUGAAAGCGAACCGCUACGCGCCUGAAGUCACCUUCUUCGGCGUCGACCCUGCGUUCAACGAACUAGAGAGGAUUGAAGCCUUCAAGUAUCCUUACGACAACACCGACGUCAACGUCUGGAAGUACGGACAGGGGGAAGACAGCGUCUACGCCGCCUUAACGGACGGAUGGGUCUACACUAAGUUCGACUCGGAUACCUUAAAGACCCUAGGUGUAUCUAUCCCUAGUGUUAACGGUGUACACAUGUCUCAAGUUGUUCAGUCCUGUGCCCAUCCUAUAGUCGAACCAGGUACAACUAACAACAUUAACUACUUAAUGGUCCCCAGUUUAAUCCCAGGAAAGAAACAUCAGCACUAUGUCUUGAGAAUCAAGGACCUGGACAAUUAUGAAAUCUUAGCUAGCUUUCAGACGGAUAAACCGUCCUACAUGCAUAGCUUUGCUUUAACUGAGAACUACGCGAUAUUUUUCGCCCAGCCUGCAUACUUCAAUUUUAUGAAGAUAGUAGAAACAGCCAUGGUGGAUAUAGACUGGCUACCUGAAGAGAAAACAACAGUCAUUCUGGCUAAUAUCAAAACAGGAGAGAUAGAACGCUUACAGACAGACGCACUUUUCUUCACUCAUCACGUAAACGCGUAUGAAACGGACGACGGUACAAUUGUUGCAGAUGUUGUCCAGUUUGAGGAAGGUUUUUCUGUCUUUGCUGAAUAUAAGCUCCCUAUGUUACGUAAUAUAACUAGUCUUCACAACAAACCGGCCAAGUCCAGGUUAUACCGUUACAGUAUUGAUCUCGCCAGUAAAACGGUUCAGACCAAAACGUUUCGAAGCGAAUCCCCUUUGCAAGAUUUCCUCUACAAAAUUGAACUCCCGAUCAUCAACGAAAAGUACCGAACCAAACAUUACUGUUACGUGUAUGGAGUCAUCCUCGACUUUUCUCCCUCAAGCCCUCUCAAUGGGUCUUUCGCUAUAGUCAAAAAGGACCUGUGCACCCCUGGAAACGACCUGUAUUGGUACCACCCGAACCAUUACGUCAGCAAGCCAAGUUUCGUCGGAAAUCCCGACGGAAAGGACGAAGACGACGGCGUGCUGCUUUCGGCAGUUUUCGACGCCGAUCGGAGAGCCAGCUAUCUUCUCAUUCUGGACUGUAAAACGAUGAAGACCGUGAACACAGCCUACAUGCCGACAUAUAUUCCUUUUGGUUUCCAUGGGAGAUUUUUUGGUAGGAAUUGGCCGGUGUAAAACUUCACUUUUGUCGUAGGCCGUCGUAUGUCGUCGUACGAUUUUGA